CGUCACAGGUUUCACUUUCUACUCUUACACGCUUCAUAUCUUUAAUAACGACGCUCCACAAAUACAACUCAAGACCACUAAAGCAUCCAUGUCCACAGAUAAGUCCGACAUUGAACGAUCGCUCCUUGAGGAUGCCUCCACACUCUUGAUGUUCGCCACCACCGUUGCCCAGCACGAACUUAUAGAGGAAAAGGCAGUAUCACCGCCUUUGCAGCGCCCGGUGUCCAAUGGUGGAAGCGGAACGGCACUGGGAGUUCAGCCCAUGACCAACUAUUCCAGUGUAAGAUCGGUGCACAAACGAACACACUCAGUGCCGCUAAUGACGUCGCCAGGCCCCGCGGCCGCGAUUUUGUCCACCAAUAACCGAGAGAACAGUAGAGACGAAAAAGCAGCGAUUGCUGCUGCCGCGUUACAGGCUGCCGCCGGGGUUCCCUUCCCGCCCAGACACCACGAUGCCCCCAGGGUCAACCCGUCUGCGUACAUUUCACAUAACCCAUAUUCCGGGCGGACCCAGAGCACGCCGUUGCAGGCCACUUUGAAUGAUGGCAGCAUCGCAAAGGCUGUGGAGUUGCGGCAGGAGUUAAGGCAACGGCUGCACGGCCUGAUUGUUGAGACGGCGGUCAGCAGCGGCAGCAGCUCUCCUAGCGAUAGUACCAAGAGGAGUGACUCCAAAGAGAAAGUCGCCAGUGCUGUGAGAGCUGCACCGGUGCUAACUAAUGUUUCAGGUAGCUCGAGCUACGGACAGACUUAUGUUGCCGAGAAAAGCUCUGCUCCACAGAAUCUCACUCCGAAUGUCUCUGGUUCUAUUCCCGGAUCUGUCUACGGACUGUCUGGGCCCUCCAUUCCCGACGGUUUCCCUCGGAAAUCUGCAAGUGAAUUUGCCCAUACGAAAGUCAGUGACCAUACAAGUAUUCCUGUUCAGGCAAUUACUGUUCAAAAUAUUGCCCCGAAUCCAAGUGUGGCUUUACAAACCACUCUGGAAGCCACCUCUCAUGACAGUGUUCUGCAGGCUGCCAUACAACAAAACGUUCAGAAGUUAACCUCUCAAAUUACGUCACAAGACGCCCCCCAGGGCAUUCCUUUAGAUAUUCCGCAAAGCGCAGCACCUAACUCUCACACUCAGCAACAUACUUCGCAAAACGCUCCACGAGGUGCUCCGCGCGUUGAUAUCACUGCGUACCGUGUGGACCCGGAUGCCGGUACCAUUUCCUGCCUCUGCGGCUUUUCCCACGACGAUGGCUUCACCAUCCAGUGCGACUCGUGCAACCGAUGGCAGCACGCCAUCUGCAUGGGUAUCGCCACGAUUGAAGACGCACCCGACGACUAUCUUUGCUACGUGUGCGACACAACCCAGUACCUAAACCUCGACCGUGAACGCGCGAUCGAGUUCCAACAGGAGUUUCUCAACCCCCGCACGAAGCGCAAGAAGAGUGUUAGCGUGUCUGAGGAUGACGAGGAAACGAAGCGACGCAAGGUCAAGGAAGAAAGUGUCGCCCCCGAGGUAAAACCGGAGGCCAAAAAGUUGUACCGGCCGGCCGACGACGAGACGGGGGACGAAUCUAUCCAGGACUUGACCGCCGACGAGUACCACCAAGCAGUGUACUACGAGUUGAAGCUGGAUAACGAGUUCAAGAACCGCGAGAUCAAGCAGUACGUGGUGGCACAGUUGCCACGCCUCCUUGUGGACGAAUCUCAGGCCGGCUUUUUCUCUGCGCGCGAGUGGGAAAACGUCGACACCCCGCGGUUGACGGUGAAGCCGUACGCGGAGCAUCUGAAACAAAAGUUCAGUGGAAUCUCCAAGCUAGGGCUCUUUACCCAUGGAUCCGUCCAGAAAGACCAUUUUGUCAUGGAGUGUCUUGGCGAGCUCGACUUUAAAGAGAACUACGUGCUCAAUUCCAUUAAUCAGUACCGUGUCUGGGGUACCCCCAAGCCCAAGGUUAUCUUCCAUCCGGCCUUGCCCGUCCUCAUAGACACCCGUUUUGCCGGAAACACUUCCCGCUUCAUCCGCCGCUCGUGCCAGCCGUCGUGCAAACUCGGCACCUUGGCUAUUGGGCCCGAGAGGGACGUCAAGUUCGGCAUCUUUACAACCAAGUACUUAAAGUCCGACCUGGAAAUCACCUUGCCCUGGGAAUGGGACAGCCAGCAUCCGUUUGCACAGCCAGAAAACACGCAAUUGGAGGGCUUGAGCGAGCCGGAAAGGGUGGCGCUCAUUCGCAGCGUAGAGAACGUUAUGUCGCUCAGUGAGUGUGCCUGUGGCAGUUCUAAUGACUGUUUGUUGUACAAGGUGAAGAAGAUGGCCUCUAACUUGGCCCGGAACAACAGCAGGGGUAGCAAGGUCAAGUCGCGCUAUGAGGAGUUGAUGCACAAGCCAGAGAACAGGCAACAGCACUAUAUACCGCUUGAGCAACACCGUAUUGCCCGAUUGAAGCUUAUCGUGGCUGCCAAUGCGGUGGAUAAGGCUCCGGUGGAAAGGCCGGAAGACGAGACCCCCGAUCUCCCCGACAACGCCGCCAUGCCCGCCCCCGAGCUUGACCUCGUGCCACUCGAGACUCCCGCCCCAGAGCCUAUCUUGGGCAUCAAGAACAUGCCCUACAAGUACCAGCUCAUGAGCAAGGCACACAUGCGGCCGUUUGCGGCCGUCGCCGCCGUGGCCACCAUUGAGGAGGAGGACUACCUUCCUGUCCCAGUGGCGAUCAUCAACAACGAAGCUCCUGCACUUGCGAUCGAGGUCAAGGCCGCCGGCACCCCCGAUCGGGGGGCGGCCGAAUUGGAUGCCGUGUUGCCGAAGCCUGUCAAGAAGUUGAGUUUCGCUGACUACAAGAAGAAAAAGGUUGUGUAGGUGAGUAUUUAGAUCGACCACGGUGUCUGAAAGUGUUACGCCUUUAUGAGAAUUUGUAUCCGGUAUCUCGAAUAUCAUAGGUAUCUAUAAUUGAUAUGGGC